GAAGUGGGUAUUAUUGAGAAAGUAUCUGUUAAAAAUUUCAUGUGUCAUAGUCGAUUGGAUGUGAAUUUUGGGCCACAUGUUAAUUUUGUUGUUGGGCGAAAUGGAAGUGGUAAAAGUGCUGUGGUAACUGCCGUGGUAGUUGGAUUAGGUGGCAAAGCAUCAGUUACUAGUCGUGGCAAUGCUAUAAAAUCUUUUAUUAAACAUGGAAAACAACGAGCUGAAAUUGAAAUCAAAUUAAGAAAUCGUGGAUUAGAUGCUUUCAAACCCGAUUUAUAUGGCGAUACUAUUGUUGUACAGAGAAAGUUUUCAACAGAAGGUGGUAGUAAAUAUGAACUAAGAAAUAAAGAUGGUAAAUUAGUGAGUGAUAAGAGAGAAGAAUUAGCCCAUAUUUUAGAUCAGUUUAAUAUACAAGUAGAUAAUCCUGUAGCUAUACUGAAUCAAGACACUAGUCGUAACUUUCUUAAUUCUAAAAGUCCUCAAGAUAAAUAUAAGUUCUUUCUGAAAGCAACACAACUUGAACAAAUGAAGAAAGAUUAUGCUACUGCUGAUCAACAAAAAACUAUAACAAAUGAUAUUAUCCUACAGAAAACAAAGACAUUACCUAUACUAGAAAAAGAGGUAUUAAAAUGGGAACAGAGAUUUAAAGCUUUUAAUGCUUUAGAUAUGUUAAAGGAGAGAGUUAAACAGUUGAAGAAUGAAUUAGCUUGGUCUAUAGUUUGUGAUAAAGAAAAGGGACUUGACCCCAUCAACAAAAAAAUCAAAGAAGAAGAAGCAAAACUGCCAAAAUUAAAACAUAAGACAGAGCAAAUAAAGGUAAGACAUCAUCUGAAUUUAAGAAAUAAGGCUAACAACUUAUGUUCACAAAGGAUCCUUUCUACUAGCUGGUCUUUAACCUUUUGGUAUUGA